GCUGCGGCGGACCCGGUCGGCGUCGGCUUCUCUGGUGGCGCGUUGCAGGUGGCAGCGCUCUCCCCGUUGUGCGUCCAGUUACAGCAGCAGUAUGGACGGUGGUGCAGCUCAAGGUUCAGAUGCGGCUGCAGCGCCGGCCAAGCAGCCGCUCAUCAUGCAGUACUACCUGCACCAAGGUAUCAUCAGACCGGAGGAAGCUACGCACGUGCGGGAAACGCUCGAGGCCCCGCUUCCAGCCUGCUUUCGAGUGAACCCGAUGACUUCGGUGGCUCCUCGCAUCAUCGACCGGUUGACCAACGAGUUCCCAGAGGCGUUCAAGAGUGUGUCGCACCUCGAAGGCCAGCCGCUGACACCGCCGAGAGAGCUCUCGUGGUACUCCGCCAAGAAUGGUCGGGCGUGGCAACUGGACUGCGGCAAGGCGGCGCUCUCCAGAGGUGCUCGUGACAAUAGUGCAAUCCAGGACUUUCGGGCUUUCCUGUUGCAUCACACUGCUGAGGGAGACCUCAGUCGACAGGAGGCAGUGAGCAUGGUUCCUGCACUCCUGCUGGAUGUCCACCCGCACCACCGCGUCCUUGACAUGUGUGCAGCUCCGGGGUCGAAGACUGCGCAGAUCAUGGAGGCGUUGGUCUCGGGUACGAGUGAGGCAGGAGGAUUCGUUGUGGCAAACGACGCAAAUGAAAAGCGUGGAUACCUGCUCGUUCACCAGCUGCAACGUCUGGGACUCGAUAACUUUGUUGUCACGUGCCACGAAGGACAAGAUUUCCCGGGGAUGUACGACAAUUCGACGUUGCAGCGCACGAACGUCUUUGAUCGUGUGCUGUGUGACGUCCCUUGCAGUGGAGAUGGCACCAUCCGCAAGAAUCGCAACCUAUGGGGUCGCUGGGCUCCGGGAAGCGCUCUCACUUUGCACCCGACGCAGAUUGAUCUCGGACUGCGAGCUGCUGCUCUACUUCGCGACGGCGGCGACUCAAGUAUGACUUACUCGACGUGCUCGCUGAACCCAGUGGAGAAUGAGGCAGUCGUCGCUGAGCUACUUCGACGUGCGGACGGAGCGCUCGAGCUCAUGGACUGCUCCAAGAUGCUUCCUGGACUCAUCACGCGUCCCGGUGUUACCUCGUGGAACGUAGCUUGGCAAGCUCGCACCGCCAAGGGUGAACCUCGAGCUCCGUUGCAAUGGUUUGACCGAUACGAAGCUGUGCCCGACUUCUUGCAGGGCUUCCGCAUCCCCCGGUCCAUGUUCCCACCCGUCAGUGAAGAAGAACGCAGCGUUCUCACUCGCUGUAUGCGACUUUUUCCGACGGAUCAAAACACGGGUGGAUUCUUCGUGGCAGUGCUCCGUAAGGUGCGUGGUGCAAGCUUGCCUGGAAAGCACCAGAGAGGUCUCGAUAGCUACGAAGUCGCAGCUACGACAAGUGGAGAGCGCAAGCCUUCACGCAGAGUUCGAAAGCUAGUGGAACAGGGUGUUGACCUACCACAACCCGAGAAAAACGAGCGACCUGCCAAGGUGGCCACGCAAACGUACACGAAGCUUCGAGCCGAUCACUGGGAAGAGAUCAAGGACUUCUACGGCAUUUCGGAGAGCUUUCCUCAUGAAAACCUGUACUCGCGGUCCGAAGGCACAGCGUCUGUUUGCCUCGUGAAUCCUAGCAUCCGCGCAGCAAUUCUUGCGGGAGAGCACGCCAACAUCCUCGAUACGGGCUUGAGGGUAUUUGCUCGAGUGCAGGCUGCUGGCAAGCUGGUGUUCCGGCCCACAGAAGAGGGCCUUGAACGUCUUCUGCCAUUCAUCAGCAAGCGGAAGGCCCCAGCUACGACUGAAGACCUGCUUGCCAUUGUGACUGUUCCUGCCAAUAACACGAAGCAAGUUGCGCUGGGUUUGGAGCACUUGAGCGAACCGCUUCGACAAGCUGCUUCUGCUGUGCGGGUGGAAUCGGGCGUUGGUCCCUUGCUCAUGGUGUUGCCAGAAUCUGAGACCAAAGCUCGCCAGCUCCCCACUGCUCUUCCUGUAUGGCUUGGCGACAGGACACUGACUUUGCUGAUUGACAAGCAAACUCGUGACCGCCUUGCACACAAAGCACGGGAAUAG